UGAGGAGUCGCCGCCGCCACCGCCGCUCCUGCUGUUGGCGUUUCCGGACUGCCGCCGCCUCCAACCGCCUGCUGCCGCCACCGCCGUCGACGACGCUCCCCGAGCGAAGCGUAGCCCGGCCUGGGCGGGGGAAGGGGCUGCUGCUCGCGGCUGGCUCUCGUCGCUCGGCCUGGGGAGGCUUGUCAGCCGCGGCGGGCAGGAAUGACCUAGAGGCCUUAAAUACAUUUCUGCAUCCUUUGGGCUCUACAAUCGAGAGAAGCUCCCUGAAAGCACUACUCAUUAAUGUUAAAAGGAAACUACCUCAGCACACGGAAGGAAAGGUGGAAAGACUUGCAAUAAAAACAAAACAGUUUUUCUGAAUAAUGUGUACUUGCAAAGUCUCCAGGAAACAAAUUUCCAUAUUUUUUUUCAGUAUUAAGAUGGGAAACUCAAACGGAUUUGACUGACGGGCUCUGUCAAACCAAGAAGCUGUUGGAUCUGCUGAUGUGAAGGCUCAGUGGUUCUUCAAAGAAAGACGUCUCUGUUAACAAUCACUGUUGAACAGUGAUUUUGCUCAUCCCCUCCUAAUACUAUUUGAAGCAGUUUCUAACUAUUAUAUUACUUUGAAAAAAAUUAAGUUCCUUCAAUGUAAAUUAAUGUUAACGUCAGGUGUCAAAAAUGUGUUGGCAGGAAAACUGCAACAGACUGUUUUGGUUUUUUUGUUUCGUUUUGCCCCCUGCUUUGAAAUUGUAUCUUGAGUGCACACAAUAGAAUGCUAAGUGGAAAAUAAAGUAUUUUUAAAAAACUAUCAUAGCUAGCUUUUACAAUUAUAAUUUGUAAUAGCAGCAGUGCUGCAUUUGAACACUGAAUAUAACAAAGACAGUAAACCUGCUGCCUUUCUCACUGCUGACACAAAUUACCUAUCUUUUUUGUUUUUGAAAUGCCUCCUAUGAAAAUUAUGUGCAUACUCUACUACUGCUACACAUAGAUCUAUUUCUAAGGGAGCAAUUCAAGAGGAGGGAUUGUUAAUUCAAGGAACCUUUGGUCAAGUACUUCCUUAUGUAUUGCUGCAGUGCACAAGAAAGUAAAAUGGACUACAAGCGGCGCUUUUUGCUUGGCGGGUCCAAGCAAAAGGUGCAGCAACACCAGCAGUAUCAAGUGCCAGAACUAGGCAAGACUCUGAGUGCACCUUUAGCAUCUCCAGCCACAACAUCCCCCCUGAUUUCUCCGGCUGCUGCUGGCGGCUGCAACCAUGCGACUCCAAUUGCAGACAUCCAGCAGGGAAUCUCCAAAUAUCUGGAUGCACUCAAUGUAUUUUGCCGUGCAAGCGCGUUCCUUACAGAUCUUUUCAGCAGUGUAUUUCGGAACUCGCACUAUUCUAAGGCAGCUAUGCAACUGAAAGACGUGCAGGAACAUGUCAUGGAAGCAGCAAGUCGACUCACAGCAGCAAUAAAACCAGAAAUAGCAAAAAUGCUCAUGGAACUGAGUGCUGGAGCAGCGAACUUUAAAGAUCAAAAGGAAUUCAGCCUACAGGACAUUGAGGUACUUGGACGAUGUUUCUUGACAGUGAUGCAGGUUCAUUUUCAGUUUUUAUCCCAAGCAUUGCAGAAGGUCCAACCAGUGGCUCAUUCAUGUUUUACGGAAGCUGUAGCUCAGGAAAGAAAGAAUUCUAAUAUGGCUGAGACAUCCAGUGCAAGUCCCACAAUUGAGCUAGAAGAAGCUGUGCGGUCAUGGAGAGGAGCGGCUGAGGCCACAUCACGGCUACGAGAAAGGGGUUGUGAUGGCUGUUUGGCUGGAAUCGAGGUCCAGCAACUCUUCUGCUCCCAGAGUGUGGCAAUUCCUGAGCACCAGCUAAAAGAAUUGAACUUGAAAAUAGACAGUGCUUUGCAGGCAUAUAAAGCUGCAUUGGAAAGUUUGGGUCACUGUGAAUAUGCGAUGAAGGCUGGCUUCCACUUGAACCCAAAAUCUAUUGAAGCCAGUUUGCAGGGGUGUUGCAGUGAUGCUGAAGCCCAGCAGACUGGCCGGAGACAGACCCCUUCUCAACCCAUUCAGUGUGAGCUCCCCACAGUUCCUGUUCAGAUAGGUGCCCACUUCCUAAAAGGAAUAUCCUUUAAUGAGUCAGCGGCAGAUAACCUGAAGCUCAAAACGCACACGAUGAUACAACUAAUUAAAGAAGCUGGCUGCCAUAAUGGAGUGACCCCAAGGGAUGACUCUCCUGUGACUGAAGUGCUGAACCAAGUUUGCCCUUCUACAUGGCGGGGCGCCUGUAAAACGGCUGUACAGUUGUUGUUUGGCCAAGCUGGGCUGGUCGUUGUGGAUACAGCACAGAUUGAAAACAAAGAAGCAUAUGCACCACAAAUCAGUUUAGAAGGUUCCAGAAUUGUGGUUCAAGUCCCAUCAACAUGGUGCCUGAAAGAAGAUCCUGCAACAAUGUCUCUGCUGCAGAGAAGCCUGGAUCCAGAGAAGACUUUGGGACUGGUGGAUGUGCUUUAUACUGCAGUGUUUGACCUAAAUCGUUGGAAGGAGGGAAGAGAGCAGGCUUUGCCGUGUAUUCAGAUCCAGCUUCAGCGUGAGAUCUGUGACUUCGGGGGUCACAUUGACUUACCAUCUGGAAAUGGAAGCAAAUCGACGGGUGGAUUGCAAAGGACUUUCUCGAAGUUGACUUCACGAUUUACAAAGAAAACAUCCUGUUCCAGUUCAAGCAGCAGUGGAAGUUACUCCAUUCCUAGUACACCUUCCAAAAACCUUUUCAUAGCUAACAACUCAGAGGAUAAAGCAAAAAUGCCCAACAACAUGGAUGCCCGAUUGCAGAGUAUUCUGAACAUUGGUAACUUCCCCAGGGCUGUUGAGUCGGCCCAGACAACGGCGCAGAGUGGAAGCCACCAGGUUGUUAACGGGUUCCUCCUUGACAGGCGUAAUGGCAGCAAAGCAGAUGACAGCAAGGAUGCCAAAGGCAUGAAUUUACCAACCGACCAAGAAAUGCAGGAGGUCAUAGAUUUCCUCUCUGGUUUCAACAUGGGCAAGUCCCAGCAGACCUCUCCGUUGGUGAAAAGAAGAAACUCGGUUGCAUCGUCUUCAGCAGCAGCAGAGCAGAAGCCAGCUACCGUGCUACAGCAGUCCCAGUCUUCGUCUCACACACCUUUGCACCAUCUCCAGCAAGGGUUGCCACAGCAACAGCAGCAGCAGCAGCAGCCACAAAAGCCGCAGCAGCAGCAGCAGCAGCCACAGCAAAUGCAUUACUAUCAGCAUCUGCUGCAGCCCAUUGGGUCGCAGCAGCAGCAGCAGCAGCAACAGCAGCGUCCACCUGGCAAGUGGCCAACCAAUUCCAGCCAGCCGUCAGCCCAGACUGUUGGUCCAGGGUUGUCUCAUAUGCCUCAGUGGAGCAGUCAUGCCUUUCCUGACCUGAGCUCUGACCUGUAUAGUUUGGGUCUUGUGAACAGUUACAUGGACAAUGUGAUGUCGGAGAUGCUGGGGCAGAAGCAGCAAGGACCUAGAAACAACACGUGGCCAAACCGUGACCAAAGUGAUGGAAUCUUUGGGAUGUUGGGAGAAUUUCUACCUUUUGAUCCUGCAGUUGGCUCUGAUCCAGAGUUUGCUCGUUAUGUGGCUGGGGUCAGUCAGGCCAUGCAACAAAAAAGGCAAGCACAGCACUUCCGUCGCCCCAGCAACACACGUAGCAACUGGCCUCAUCCUGAUGACCCGCACAGAACCUGGCCUUUCCCAGAGUAUUACACAGAAGGGGAGAUGGCAAGCAGUUGGUCGGGUACUCAGGGUGACUCUGCCAGCUCCAGUGAUGAGACUUCCUCAGCCAAUGGAGACAGUCUGUUUUCCAUGUUCUCAGGGCCAGAUAUUGUUGCUGCAGUCAAGCAAAGAAGGAAACACAGCAGUGGGGAGCAAGACCCGAGCACACUUCCUUCGCCACCACUCCUUUCUACAGUGGAUGAUCAUAGUCAGGACAACAAAACCAAAACCUGGCCUCCAAAAGCUCCUUGGCAGCACACACUGCCCAGUCAAAACAUGUCUUUGUACCAGAUGAGCAGCCCUGCCAGCCAGUGGAAUGACACCAUGCAGAUCCUGCAGUCACCCGUUUGGUCCACAGCCAACGAUUGCACACCAUCAACAGGGAUUUCCUCCACUUUUGCCUAUGCGCAGCAGCAGCAGCAGCAGCAGCAAUCGCCGCCGCCGCCAUCUCAGCACAAACCGAUGAAUAAGGGCUUUAAACCUUUUCCAGUCAAGCACGAACGCAGGCCAUCUUACAUGCAUCAGUACUGACGGCUUUUUCUAGCAAGAGAUGCCGCAGAGGACCAAAGUCUUUGAUGUGACAAACACUUGCUUUGUUUUACAGUUGUGCGGUGGUGGCUGUCUCUUCUGGUGGUUCUGUGGAGUGACGGCUUCUAGUGGUGAUUCUCUCUCUCUCUGUAGAGUGCUGAGCAAAUGGUGCCAAGGUGUUACAUGUACACACAACAGCCCUAAACUGUGAUGCUUUCAAAGCUUAUAUGGACUACCCUGCUAACAAACUGCUACAUUGUUACCACAGAAAACACUGUAUUUUAUAGCUAUUUUUUCAUAUAGAUUUAUAGUUACCAUUUCUUGCUAAAACAAAUUUGAGUACAUUUUUAAGCAAAUCUAGCAGUUUUGCUCAACACUCCUUUUCUUUAGAUUUCUAAUUGACAAGGUAAAAAGUCUUCACUCCGGUGACAUCGGCUGCUGUAGCUUUUUUAAUGCAUCAGCUGUUAAUGUGCCACACAAGCUCCUGGUCCGAACAGUGGUGCACAGACAACUGCAAAAAGCUUUUUCCAGUUAUUUGCUUCAUGCAAAAAUAGCUGGAACUACUCCAGCCCAGGAAACUUGUUACAUAACUUAAUGGGCACAAUCCACCUGUAACCUGAGCUCAAGAUCCAUAUAGUAGUUUGGGGUGGAUUGUGUUCAUCUGUGGCUGACACUACAUUAGAAUACACAAUUUGAUACUUUUACAUUGGCCAAAGGCAUUAUCCAUACAGUGCUCCUUAAAUGUAUGAAAGAAUAGUUAAGACUACUUGCAAAUAUUUAAAGUCUUAUUUCAGUGCUAGACUUAGUGUGUAAAAACAUGAGCUGGCUCAGAAGAGAGAGAACUUAAAAACACUAUUUUUUUGUAGUGCUAACGAUUAAAGUAACUACUUUCAGUCAAUAUGUGCCAUUAAAUAAAUGAACCUGUGGAAUUAGGAAAUAACCUUCCAACCAAAGUGGAUCUGGGGGAAUGACUGGUGCUUAAAUUAGAAAAAAGGUAAAUAUGUAUAGCUAUCCCAUUGUAUAUUAAUUGAGGUGAGAGAAGUCUUUAUAAAAACCUAUUUAAAUUUUCAUAUUUCAUCUUUGAAAGAGUAAUUAUAAACCACAAUAUUUUCUGGUAUAAAGGUUUUUGACAGUAUUAAUAUUAUUUUUAUAUUUUCUUAAGUCAUAUCAUUCUAAUACAUUGACAAGUAAAAUGGGUUAUUAGUUAUAAAUGCAUAUAGUUUUUUGAUGAAGAUAAAAGCACAUUUAAGUUCCCAUUUUCUACAAACGAAGUACAUGUGUAUAUUAAAGAUACCAAAUUAUAUAUAAAUAUAUAUAAAUAAAAUACACAACACUAAACGUUGGGGUGGGCAGAGUCGAGGAACCCCUCCCCCGCCUUCUGCUUGUGUGGUGAUGGGCCAUCUUGGCAGGCCCAGAAUGUUACUAUUUGUGCUGGUUGAAGAUGCCAAUGUUGCCUGUAUUUAUGAUAUUGUCACCAUGUUUCCUCAAAACCCACCCUUACCAUGUUUACAGAGUUGUUUGCUGUGCAUAACUUUAGUCAUGUGCUUUGCACAAUCAGUGUGGCUUCUGUCUGUAAAUUGUUAAUGUUUUGUACCUUCUGCUAAAAAUGUUGGUGAAUUUAACAAGUGGGUUUUUUCCUUUUGUUUUUUUUAGUUUCCUGAAGUACACCAUUGAAAACUUAUAUUGGACCCUACAAUCUAUUGCAGUUGUAUGCCACAAUGAUUUCAGGUCAAAGUACAGGUGUUUGUUGCGUUGACGUUCCCUACAGAGCAUCUAAACUGCAGUUGCAAAUGAGUGGUAAAUACAAGCACUGGCAGUUUCUAAAAUUGGAGUGAAUUGUGGAAAUACAGGUGUGUCAGUUUCUGUCUAGUAGGUGCUACAUCAUCCUCUGCUUCCAAUUAUGCUGAACACUGGUGAUUUUCCCAAGUUGUUUGCACUUGGCAACCAAAUGUUGCCAUGUGAUGUUUCACACUGCCAAGUGCAUGGGGUUUGGUGCUUAGUUAACUUACCCUUAUUGCAGUACUUAUGUGAAUAGCUAAUGCUUUGGAACUGGAAUUGUACAUUUUGUAUUUUAAUUUUAAAGCUCCUGUAAGUAAAAAUAACCUUAUUUGCUUUAUUAAAGAUAUACCUUUAAUAGUA